CAACUGCUUCGAGAAAAAAAUAUUCUAGUUCUACGUACACUUGGAAUUAUUGAAAAAAUUAGAAAUAGUUGAUAGUUUCGAAGCGAUUUUAAAAGAAUUUCAUACAGAAUAUGUCUAGCGAAGCGAAGGAAUUGAAGGGCGGUCAUCCGCCGGCUGUCAAAGCAGGCGGGAUGAGAAUCACAACGAAGGCACAUCCACAGCACCAGCAAACGCCCGAGCAGAAGGCAGAAGACAAGAAAUUUAUGGAGGAAGAACAAAUCGCAGAGGGUGUUGAAGAGAAGCCAGCCAGCAAAAUGCUGGUUUCAGGAGCAGAAGUGAAAGUUAACGAAGUAUCAAAACCGGAUUCUGUCAAGCACUAUCAUGAUAAACCUCAACCGACUGUUGAGAAAACCCCUAAGCAACACAGCCAUCAGCAUUCAAUACAACAGCCAAGGAAACAGUGAAUUUGAAUUUUAAAAUAAACAUUUAAUUUUAUGAGAUGCUAUGAGAAAUGCUAUGAAUGAUUCAAAACUAUUGUGUUGUGUAUUUAAAAUUGAGUUGAAAUAAACAUGUUAAAGCAAUGAA